AAUUUUCCGUACCAUAGGGACUACCUUCUCAAACGUAGACACGCCCACAACCAAUUCUGAUCAUCUUCUCUGAACAGACUAGCUAUUCCCCACGGUGUUCGGCGGGCGGGGAACUUUGAUUUGUGAAGUCGUGUAUGGAGGAAUGAUGGAAACUUUGCACAGGAGGAUAGAGACAUGGAUCAAAGAUCAGAGUGCAAGGAUAAUGAGCCUCACCCGGCCGCCCCUGCAGUGGCCAAUGGCGGUGAAGUGGCCUUGGGGCGAUGGCAAAGAGCAGAGGAAGAGAGUUCAGGAGGAGUUUGAACGGAGAAAGAAGCAACUCAAGGAUCUCUGCUUCGCCGUUAAGGCUGAAUCUGUCUCCGAUUUGCAGGAUAUCCUUUGCUGCAUGGUGCUGUCUGAGUGUGUUUACAAGAAAAAUGGAACUGAAAUUAUACGAGUGGUGAACAAGUUUAUGGCUGACUUUGGAGGAAACGUUUCUAUAGAACGUGUUCAACCCUCUUCUGAUCAUGUUCCACACAGGUAUUUGCUAGCUGAAGCAGGUAACACCUUAUUUGCUUCAUUUGUUGGGACCAAGCAAUACAAGGAUGUCAUGGCUGAUGUGAAUAUAUUUCAAGGUGCCAUAUUUCAUGAAGAUCCCACAGGAGACUUUAACGAGAACGAAUCCACAGAAGUGGACAGUCAGAAGAACAGCGUUGAAAAUUUCUCAAAAUCUAUGGACUUGAUGCCUAAACCAACAAAACCUAUGCCAAAACCAGCAGUUCACAAGGGAUUCUUGGCUCGUGCUAAAGGAAUACCUGCAUUGGAGCUGUACAGGCUUGCGCAGAAAAAGAAGCGGAAACUUGUGUUGUGUGGCCAUUCACUUGGUGGAGCUGUCGCAGUCUUAGCUACUCUUGCCAUUUUAAGGGUUGUUGCUGCUUCAUCAAGAGAGCAUGAAAAGGUUCAGGUGAAAUGUGUCACUUUCUCCCAGCCACCAGUUGGAAAUGCUGCUUUAAAAGACUAUGUGAAUAGCAAAGGGUGGCAGAACUACUUUAAAACCUAUUGUAUUCCAGAAGAUUUGGUGCCUCGUAUAUUGUCUCCUGCAUAUUUUCACCACUAUAGUACCCAGUCGCUACCAACACAUUCUGAUGCUAGUGGCUCGCUAUCUAUAUCAAAACCAAAAGGGGCUGAUAAGAAGAAUGGUGAAAGAGGAAAAGAAAAGGAUGGGGAGCAACUAGUUCUCGGUGUAGGUCCUGUUCAGAACCCAUUUUGGAGACUCUCUAGGCUUGUGCCUUUAGAAGGUGUGAGAAGUCAGCUCUAUAAGUACAGAAGGAAGAAGGAUGGACCUCUUGAAUCAUCUGCUAACAGUGCUUCAGCAUUACCAUCAUCUCUUAAUGAUAUAUCUACCCCACAGUCUCUUGAAAUCCAGGAAGGCUCUGACGGAAUCACUCUUCAACCAUUGCCUCAGGCAAAUGAAUAUAUUUCUGGUGACCUGAAGAAUGGAAAAUCUUCUGCCAGUAAUGGGGAGAAGAGGGCACGAAGAAUAAUUCCUUCAUUACCUUCAUAUGUACCGUUCGGUCAGCUUUUUCUUCUGGGGAGCUCAUCGGUGGAGUUUCUAUCCGGUGCAGAGUAUUCAAAACUGAUAUCGACUUUUUCAGGUCAGAUCUGUGAUUGCUGAAGUAAGAGAAAGAUUUCAGUCACAUUCAAUGAGGUCAUACAGGGCUCGGUUCCAAAGAAUCUAUGAGCUCUGUAUGAGUGAUGAAACUUUGACAUUUUUGGGGAUGGAACAAGCAAAAAAGCAAUUUCCACAGUUGCAGAAGUGGUUAGGUAUUUCUGCUAAUGAAGGUGUCGUUGAACUUGGGCAUAUUGUAGAGUCUCCCAUUAUCCGUGCGGCUACCUCAAUAGUUCCUCUUGGUUGGAGUGGGGUUCCUAGGGACAAAAACUCUGACUCCUUGAAAGUUGACAUUGCUGGCUUUGGGUUACAUCUAUGUACACUUGUUCAAGCUCGUGUUAAUGGUCGCUGGUGUUCAACCACGGUGGAAUCUUUUCCCUCACAGCCAGAGUACUCCACUGAUAAUGGACAGUUUCCAGAAUUACAGCACAUGCGAAUUUCAGUUGGAGCUCCGUUAAGAAGGCCACCGAAGCACCACAUGGGUGAUGACAUGCUAUCUACAAUGUUCCCUCCUAUUAAUUCUUCCCACAUUGAUUUGAAAUCAAUGCAGGGUGCUACUUCAUCUAGUGAGGGAAAUUUUAUACGCACCCAUGGGUUAGAUCUUGUCAUUUUCUGCCAAACAGAUUUUGCUACUGUUUCAAGAGAGGUUGACAUCAGGACUCGCAGGGUGCGAUUGGUUGGCUUAGAGGGCGCUGGUAAAACUUCUCUUCUGAAGGCAAUUCUGAGUCAAGGAAGAAGCACUUCCAGUGACUGUACUGAGAAUCUGCUAUUGGAUGCGGAUGUUCAAGAAGGGCUAAUUGGUGGCUUGUGCUACUCAGAUUCAUCGGGAGUUAAUUUGCAGAAUCUGAAAAUGGAGGCAUCCUGUUUCAGAGAUGAACUGUGGAAAGGAAUCCGUGAUCUCAGUAAGAAGACCGAUUUGAUCAUUCUUGUUCAUAACUUAUCUCACCGAAUACCUAGAUACAGCGAACCAACUUCAUCCCACCAGCCCAAACCGGCUCUUUCUCUUUUCUUAGAGGAGGCCAAAUCUCUUGGAAUUCCUUGGGUUCUUGCAAUUACAAACAAAUUCUCCGUGAGUGCAAAUCAACAAAAGGCAGCCAUUGAUUCUGUUCUACAUGCAUAUCAAGCAUUUCCAAGCACAACUGAGGUCAUCAAUUCAUGCCCCUAUGUCAUGCCUAAUGCAUCCGGCACUCAUCAGUCUUGGAAAACAGAGGAGGGAGAUCCGAGUGAACCAAUGGGUGCUCAUAAGCUGAUAUUUGCUCCUCUUAGAUUUGUUACAAAACCUUUCCAGAACAAAGUUUCAGUGUUCCCAGUGGAGGGUGUAUCUAAUCUUUGUAAUAUCGUGCACCGUGUGCUUCGAAGCUAUGAGGAAGCUGCUUUUCAGGAACUCGCGAAAGACAGACUUUUCUUGGAACUGGUUAGGGAGCGAGAAGUUGUUGCCAAUGCUAUCAGAGAGGCCAUGACUAAGGAAAAUUCUAUUUCUGCUGCAACCAUUGGGGCUUCCCUUGGAGCUGGUGUUGGCAUUGUUUUUGCAGUUGUCAUGGGAGCUGCUUCUGCUUUGAGAAAGCCUUGAAAAUUUUGGCGUUUUUUUUUGUUUCUUGAAAUAACUUUAUUUUUUAAAAUUCAAAUGUGAAUAUCUGUACCAUAUAGAUUUAUAUUUGUUAGGAAGAGAAGGAUAUAAAUGAUUUAUUAUUCAUUUAAUUGAUUUGACCAUGAGUCCAUGACCUUUUCGAAAUAAGUCAACCCUUGUGGCCUUGU